AUGCCGGGCCUGGCUCGCAAAGUGAUUAUAUGCGCCGCUGUCGACGGGCUGGUGCUGCACCCGCUCAACGCGAAGAAGGACCAGCAGCAGCAGCAACAGCGCUCCUCGUCUCUCGCCCCGAUCAGAAUCAAGUACGGAGAUGCCUCCAUAUCUGCGAUCUCCCGGGACGCGGCGCCGGAUCUCUUGUCACUCCCUCCUGACUCGUCGUUUGAAGCAUUUGGUAUCGUCGGCCUGGUAACCGUUUUCCGGUACAGCUACCUGAUCUCGAUCACGCGGCGCCAGCAGGUCGCGCAGGUGCGCGGCCUGCCCAUCUACGUUGUGACCGAGGUCGCCCUGACGCCCUGCACGACGCAGCAGGAGGCGGCGAAAGCUGUCGCCACGACUGCUGCGGCGCUGCGGCGGACAGCAACGACGACGACGAAGACGGCCGCCGGCGAUAACAGUACCAGCGCCAGCGCCGGCGGGAGUGCGGGUACGGAUGUUGAUGAUGACGACGAUCUCCCUGUCGACGGGGAGGCUGGUAGUGGUCCCGAAGGAGCCGCUGCUGCUGCUGGCCACACCAGGCGCAGCAGCGUCGCGCAGGAGGUGAUUGGGCGCAAGGGGAGCUACGGGCGGUUUGCGCAGAGGUGGUUCGGUCGGUCCGGGUUGGGAUUGAGCGCUUCGAGAGAGGCGGUAGGGCCCGCUGCUGCGGACGGGGCCGCGGGUGAGAGUAGCAAGGGGGUGAACGAUGCUGACUCAGGUGUGGAAGGUGACGGGAGUGUGACGGCAACCAGUCUCCUGCCAAAGCUGCUGCGGACUAGCCAGAUCCUGUUUGGAUCCAGCAAGACGUUUUUCUUCUCGUACGACUACGACAUUACGCGGAGUAUGGCGAAUCCUAAGAUACCCGAGACGGGGCUGAUCCCGCUGCAUGAGCAUGUCGAGCCGUCGUAUUUCUGGAAUAGGCAUAUCAUCCAGCCGUUUAUCGACGCCGGGGUCGAUAGCCUCGCUCUGCCCCUGAUGCAGGGGUUCGUGGGCCAGAGAUCAUUCGUCGUCGACAGCCACCCGCCGCAGUUCGACGACGUUGCCAAGGAGUCGGUUGAGCUUAGCGAUUUCGGCUCCUCUUGGGCUGCGGAGAAGGAAAAGGCCACAGCCGAGAUGCGUCCGACCCAGAAGAAGUUUGACAUUACCGUUAUCUCAAGACGGUCGAUCAAGCGCGCUGGCUUGCGGUACCUCCGCCGUGGGAUCGAUGAGGACGGCAAUGUAGCCAACUCGGUUGAGACCGAGCAGAUUCUGUCGCCAGCCGAGGCGACGUGGGAUGCUGCCGCCAAGGUGUACUCCUUUGUACAAACCCGCGGGAGCUUCCCGCUCUUCUUCACGCAGUCGCCAUACUCCCUCAAGCCCGCACCAAUCCUGCAGCACUCGCCUGAUGCGAACUUUGCUGCGUUGAAGAAGCACUUUGAUGGCUUGCGUCAACGAUAUGGCGCGGUUCAAGUAGUCAACCUGGUUGAGAAGCACGGCGUGGAAGCACCGAUAGCCGAGCUUUACGAGCAAAGCAUCCAACGGCUCAAUGAAGAGUCUGGCUCGGGGGCGGAGAAGGUUGGAUUUGAGUGGUUCGACUUCCACGCUGUUUGCCGCGGAAUGAAGUUUGAGAACGUGUCGUUCCUAUUGCAGACGCUGGGCAGCACGCUGGAUCGAUUCGGAAGUUCUGUGUCCGUUGACGGCCAAGUUGUGGCUACACAAAAAGGCGUGUUGCGGACGAACUGUAUGGAUUGCUUGGACCGGACCAACGUCUGCCAGAGCUCCUUCGCCAAAUACAUGCUGGACGGGCAGCUGAAGGAACAAGGUUUCGAUAUGAGCGCGCAACUGGAUCAACAGAAUGCCUGGUUCAACACGCUGUGGGCGGAUAAUGGUGAUGCCAUCUCCAAGCAGUAUGCUUCCACUGGCGCAAUGAAGGGCGACUAUACGCGUACGAGGAGGAGGGACUACCGAGGCGCGCUGACUGAUGCUGGCUUGUCAUUGACCCGGUUGUUCAAUGGCAUGUUCAAUGACUUCUUCCUCCAAGCCAGCAUUGACUUCUUCCUGGGCAAUGUCACUGCUCUCGUAUUUGAGGAAUUCGAGGCCACAAUGAUGACCAAGGACCCCGCGGUGUCGAUGCAGAACAUGCGUCAGCAGGCCAUUGAACUCUGCCAGAAGCGCGUCAUUGCCGAUGAGGCCGAGGAGUUCAUUGGCGGUUGGACGCUCCUUACACCGCGUGCGCCCGACACGGUGAAGAGCGCAUCCUUUGAGGAGGCGGUGCUCCUCCUGACAGAUGUAGCUCUGUAUCUGUGCAGGUUUGACUGGAACCUGGACAAGGUAUCGUCGUUUGAGCGGGUUGACUUGGCCCAUAUACAGAGAAUACAGUUUGGGACCUAUAUUACAUCGACCAUCUCGCGCACUCAGACCGACGAGAAGCGCAACGUCGGGCUAGUUAUCGAGUACAAGCCCGGGCUCACUGACGUCACGCGUGUAAACACCCGAUCACUCUCCUCCAUGUCGGACACGCCGAAGGCUCAGGGAUCUCAUGAAGGCCCCAAACCAGACGAAGGGGCGGGUCCGGCAGCUUCAGGGUUCGCGGCAUUCCUGUCUCGCCGUCCACAAACCGCGACGGCUCGCAAGAUUGCGCUCAAGGCGCUGUAUAGUCAAACUUCGGCGGCCGACCCAGUGGCUAAGAACAAGGACGAACCGAGCACCAUCACCCGCCUGACGGAGAUGCAGCAAGUGGCACUUAUUGCAACAGAGAUUGAGAGGAUGGCAAUCCACAACCAGCCUCGGCUGGCGGGCAAAAGCCAAGAGGAGGCAAAGCUGAUCGAGGAGGGCGAGAUUAUCUCGCUGGCUGAGGCAAAGCGCAACACGACCCUUUUGGAGCAACUUGGGCACUCAAUCAAGAGGCUGGUGUGGGCGUGA